AUGCCUGCUCUUGCACUGGUGAACCACUUAAAUCAUGGAAGUCUUCCAAACAGAUUUUCUGACAUGACCUGGCUCGAGGAAAAGGUGUGUGCGAUAUACUCAAUCACUGCCCAUGUGAUGCAUUUGUUUCAAUCCUCAGAUCCUGCACAACCAAAGGUAUUUCAUGGAAACACCUGUGCUCAUGACAUGAAUAUUAUGUCCACUGCUUCUGUUCUACCACGGACCCCUGCUGAUAUCAAUGGGUUUUUGAGUGUCAUAUUUAUUGGUCCUGAGGCAUUUGAUCCCAAACAAAUGGAACACAAGACAUGGUCGUUCCUGCUGUGGCUGAAGGCACACAACCACAUGUAUGCUCACAUACCACUGGACGAGUCCAUCAUGGAUCUAUACCCUUUGGAUGGCACUCUCCCUGGACUACAAGACAGAGUGAUUGAAGACCAUGAACUAUAUGCCCAGGCAUUUUGGUGGAGAAAAUGGGUGUGUCUGACCCUGAGUGUGACAAGAUGA